AUGACUGGGGAGACGAAGAAAGGAAAGGAUCCCAUGGAGCAGAAACUGCAGCUGGAGGAACGUCACAGUGGAGACCCAGAAGAGGAUCCAAGUGAUCGAGCCAACUCCACAUUCUGCAAAUGCCUAGCAAAUAAAAUCACCACCCCAGUCUGUGCCUUGGUGAUCAUAAUUGCUCUAGGAGUUCUGGUGGUAACAGCUCUGGUAGCUCUCUCAGUAAUAGCAAGUCUAUAUUCAAUCCAUCGUGGCUCCGCUGUGGUCCUCUCUCUGGGUCCCCCUGCUGGCCCCUGGUGCCCAGACGGUUGGAUCGGAUACCAAGGGAAAUGCUACUAUUUCUCCGAGGCCAAAGAGAACUGGAACAACAGCCGGAGCAACUGCUCUGCGCUUGGUGCCUCCCUGGCUGUGAUUGACAGCGAGCAGGAAAAGACGUUCCUGCUGCGCUGUAAAGGCAAACUUGACCAUUGGCUCGGCCUCUGGAGGAAGCAGGACCAGGACCAGCCCUGGAAAUGGGCCAAUGGCACCGAAUUCAACAACCAGUUUGAAAUUAGAGGAGGCGGACACUGUGCUUAUCUGAGUGAUGGAUUUGUUGGCUCUUCAAGGUGCUCCUCACUCACAAACUGGAUUUGCAGCAAACAUGAUGCGUAUACGAUGGGAAAGGGAACUGCACAGCCCGGGAUAUGAAAGUUUGAGAAUCAUCGAAAUGUGAUCUGGAAAAACUUGAAGUCCCAGCACCUGCAGACAAAGCAGGAUGAGUAUUUAUUCCCUACAGUCUGUUCCCCCAGGGUCUGUCCUGGUUCUGAUCGUAAAUACCUCAACAGUUGGGUUUCCAUGUUCUUUAUAGCUUGACUGAAAGUGGAACAGAGCUGUCGCUUUCUAGGGAAACUUUCCUGAAAUUAACUAACCCUCUUUACUCAGGUCUCCUGCUUAUACCCCAAGUGUACACAAUCUCUGGUGUUUUUCCCCAUGUCCCGCUCUAGGUCAAGCCUCUUCCCCUUAGGCGCAUGCUUAUAGGUGGCUGUUUUCUGGAGACGCUGGGUUUACCUCAUCACUGAUUUGUAAUGUGAAGGCCGAACUAAAGGGAAAGGAAACUGGAGUUCAAAAUAGCAAUAAUUUGUUUAAAUGGAAGUAAGCAGCGGAUUAGAUACAUCUUCAUAUACAUUUUUUUGACCGAUCAAACUGGGCAUUCAUGAGUUUGGGUAACCCCUGACCUUAUUUUUUUCUUUUCACUUAUUUGGAUUUUUACUGUGCUGCAACGCAUGAGCACCCGUCCAACUCUGUGUCUGACAAUCUUUUAUAAAUACAGUAUUAAGUAGACCAUCCGUUACCUCAGAUCAAAUCCAAGAACCCAGUGACUGCAUUAAUAUAACCAAUUAGUUUAACUUCCUCCCACUCUUACCCUUCUCCUCCUCUCAAUUCUUCCUCCUAUUUAUUAAACGCACUCAUUGCACUUUUGUUAUACAAUUAGAUGGUUAGCUACUUGCCGUUCCUUGUCUUGCUGCAGGUGCAGUGCCCAGCACAAUGGGGCCUUGGUCCUGAUUCAGGCCUCAGGUACAAUACUGAUACUACACCAGUGAUGAUUUUAGGCCAGUUCUCAUUUAAUCUUUCCUCUUAAAUCAACCCCUCUAGUCUCGCUGGAAGUGCCUUUUGUCCGAGAGUUUUCAUGCUCUUGCUCUCCAGGUGUGGGACCAGGUUGUCCUUGAUGUUUCUGGAUUUGCAGAAGACACAUGACGUGGUUCUUUGAGUAGAUGCAGACGUGUAUUCCAAGUAGAUCUGCGUGUGCCCCGGAGGCAAAGACUCUUGCCUAUCAGCAUCCAUAGAGAGGUGGUGCUUGUGCCUGUAGACCCUCCUCAGGCUAUAUGAGGCAGCGCUGUCCCAACCCCCCCGUCAGUUCCUUCUUACAGCCCAUUGGCUGGAGUUAGUCUUGUGCACUUGUUGUAUUUAUAACCUUGUGAAUUUGUAUCUUAGCCUGCUCUGUUGUAUAUAGUUGCUAAAAGUUUUAGUGUAGUAUUGGUGUCGGUGGUAGUGCUCCCUGGUGAUGUCUUUACCGGGAUUCAAGCAUUGCUCUUCAUGUGGAGUGGCGAUUCCCAACCGCGACCACCACACACGGUGCUUGCUCUGCUUUGGUGAAGCCCACUAUAAGGUGUGGUGUUCAAUCUGCAGAUCAUUCAAGAAGCGGACUUGGGUGGCACGGGACCUUCUCCUUAAGCAGCCCCUGCCUGAGUAGGCCACAAGGCCUGACCCGGUGCCGAGGUCUUCCUUGGGCAGCAGCUCGCCCUCUGGCUCGGAAGGUGCUACUGCCUCCUGUUCCAGGGCAGGGACCUCUCCGAAGAGACACAGGAGCCUUUCUCCAGCAUGGGCACCACAGAAGAGGUCUCAUAAGACCAGUCAGGAGUGUUCCAAGUCCAGAACAAUUCUUCUGCCUCCCCUAAUAAGAGCGUGGACCUGCACGGUGCUGGCUCUGACGUGCGGGAUGAUGCGGGUGCUUCUGACCCUCCCUUGGUACAGGGUAGAGAGGGCAGAUGCCCCAAACUGUCAACUCUGGUUCCGGCCUCCAGGCAUGCAUUGAAUCCAGUACCAACGGGAACGAUGCCAGUACAAACAGUAUCGGUGAUGUCAGCACACCAGGCUGUGGCGGAUCUACUCUGCCUUUCAGUCCCAUCCUCCUUCCUGGUCCAAGAGUUCGCAAGGCUGCCGCCCCACAAGGGCCUCUCAGUCAGAGUGUGCUCCCAAAGGAUUAGCUCCGCACCAUGAUAUCCUCCCUCCAGGGCUCGGCAUGGACAUGGUACCAGAGACAGUACAAGGUUCUUCAGUACUUGGUGUGACAGGGUCCCCAGGGUGCAACCUGGACUGUGGGAGCACUGAGCCCUCUGUCCCACCAACCUGGGGUCCCUCUCACACUGUGAUGCUGUUGUCAAGUUGAAUUGGGUGGGGGGAGGGGAGAGAGACCAAGUGAUGAUGUCACAUCCCUCUUUUAUGUUUUCUUCCACCUUGUUGGAAAGAUCUUUUCCUGUGACAUGGGGAUCAGGCAGUCCCAUUGGUCAAAUAGUCUCUAUUGCAUACAAUCUCUGGGAUAGUGGAUUCUUUCCUUGAUGGGUGUUGAUGAGCCAUUAACUGCUAUCUGACUACUCCAUUGUUGUACCUGAAAGGCUGGUUGUGGGUGUUCCCGAGCUCACAGCACAUUUCAGUAACACAUACAGCAAUAGUUCAUAACUUCACAUACAAUAAAACAGGAUAUUAAAGUUCAACAGAUCAAGACUUUUAGAAUGAUACCUCACGAGGCAUACUUUGUACAAAACAUAGCAUAAUUAUAUGACGGUGAAUAUGGGGGUUCCUGGUGCUACUCUGUGUGUUACAUGGGGCCCUUCCUCAGCACCAAUGCAGUAGGUGCUGCAGAUGGUCCCAUGGAGCUUGUCAUCGUCCUCAGUGGUGAAGCAUGUGGGCGCUCUGGUACCAUCAUUUGCAUCAGGACUGAUUUUUGCCUAUGGCACCGACCUUUUCGGUACCAGUCGUACCGACUGCUUUUUCGUUCUGGGCUACGGAUGGGUCAGAUCACCUGUUGGCUCCCUCUGGAGUUGCUCUUCCCAUGUUUCUGAGGUCCCAGGACUCCUCUGCUUCAGAGUCAGGCUCCUUAUCCCCCCCACUCCACUUCACCUGAGGGAGUCUGGGGGCCACCGGUGGACCACUACAGCUACCUGGGUUGGCACACGCCUCGAGGCCAGGAUAGGGGUCCCUGGUCCGGCACCUACUUGCCACUGAUGCCUUAUCCAUACCAGUGGCCACCUUGUGGCCACCAGUGGGAGGCUCCUCCCUCAUAGAGGUCUUGCCUCUGGAUGAAAUUACUGCUGACUAGUCACCUUGAAAUACACAUCUGCAUCUACUUGAAGAAGAAAUGGUUACUUACUGUAACUGUGGUUCUUCAGGUUGCGAUACAGAUAUGUACAGGCAGUCCUCUAACUUACGACACCAUUGGUUCCUGAAAAUUGCAUCUUAAGUCAAAAACGUAACUUGAAUUUCCCAUAGGAACAAUGUUGGAUCGAGAGUCGUAACGUUGUAACCGGUGUCGUAAAGUUGAAACAGGAUGUCCAUUUAUAAACAUUGAGGACUGCCUGUGUUCCCCAACCCCUCUGCAUUGGCGUCUCUUCCCCUGAGCAUUCAGCGAGAAGGAACAGAGGAGGGUCGGGGUGGCACUGCCUCAUAUAGCCAGGGAGGGGCUACAGGCACGAGGUGCAAGUGCCACUCCUCUACGGGCACUGCUAGGCAAAAGUCUCCAGCUUGCAAGGUGCGCACACACACACCUACUUGGAAUAUACGUCUGCAUCACAUCUCAAAGAACCACAGUUCGAGUAAGUAGUCAUUUCUUCUCACCCUUGUUGCUUAACAUAGCUAAACUGUGGUGCUCUUGUUGAUGGGUAUUAUCAGUGCCUUAAGGAGGGGAAGUGCCAACCGUCCUCUGAUUCUGGGAAGGUUUUCGGUCUGUUCCUCCCCACAACUUGCUCUGUUUGGAAUAUUGGUACUUUUUGAUCCACUGAUCUAUCCUCUACCAUUCCCUGUAGUGGGACCAGUGUAUGUUUUGUGAUACUUUUACCCAUUCAUAGCUUUUAUUAUUAUUAUUAUUAUUUAUUUUAUUUUUCCAUUAUGAUCAUCUAGUCGGACCUCCUGGAGAACCUCGGCCACUGACUCCUGCAUCAAGGCCUAUAACUUCUGUUUGAAUUGUAGCAUCUCUCUUCUAGAAAGACCAAUCUAAUCUUGAUUUAAAGACCCCAAGAGAUGGAGAAUUCACCACAUUCCUAGGCAAGUUGUUCAAAUGGUUAAUCAGCUCAUUGUUAAAAUCUGUAUUAAUUCACACUUUAUUUCUAGUCUGAAUUUGUCCAGCUUCGGUUCCCAGCCUUUAGAGCUUGCUCUACCUUCAGUUGCUAGAUCAGAGAGCCCCCUGCUAUCAGAAAUCUCCUCAAGGUGGAGGUACUAAUAGGUCAUAAUCCUAUUCCCUUUGACUCCUCUCUUGGAUUGAAUUGAAUAGAUUGGGCUGCUGGUCUCUCACGAUAAGGCAGGUUUUCCAGACCUUAAAUCAUUCUCGUGGCUCUUCUUGGAACUCUUUCCAACAUUCUUGUGGACAAUGGUGACCCUUAAACUUUUCAGCUGUCUUUGUGAUGAAGUAUUACCUGAGCUUUCUGUGGUAGAGGGGUGUCUAGGGAAUACUGCAGGGUGGUCCAUCCCCUCCAGAGCUGUAUUCUAAUUGCUGGCUUGACAACUGCAAAUUGUUGUGCUGUCUGCACUUUUUCUUUCAAUUCUGUUCUUGACCUUCUCUAGUGUGGCUUCUGGUCUUUACAGUCCAUGGAAGUCUCUAGUGACACCACCUUGGCCAGGACUUGUUCUCCAUCUUCGUCUCCUUUGACCUCUGGGUGGCUUUUGACAUCACUGACCAGUCCCUACUGCUUCAUGUUUUAUCUUCCUUGGUUCUGGCCUGUCAUGGUUCUCCUCCAACCUCUCUGAUCACUCGUCGUGUCUCAUUUGGUGGGUCUUCCUUUCCCCAUUUCUGUGGGUAUCCCUCAAGUCUUUGUCCUUGGCUCCCUUCUCUUCUCCUGUAUACUUAAGUGCUCCUAGCCACAAACACCAAAUUCCGUCUCUUCCCUCCAUCUAUUUUCUUAUCUCAGCUUUUCUACCAUCUCUUGAUGGCUGUUCACUCAUUUUUAAACUCAACAGGGCCAAAACUGAACUCCGUUCUCCCCCUUUCGCCACACCAAUCAGGCUCAUAACCUGGGUAUCAUCUGUGACUUCGCCCUCUCACUGGACUUGCCCAUGCAGACAACUUCUAAACCUUGCCACUUGUGUCAUACUCCUCUCUAAACUCUGACCUUUCCUCUCUGUCCACAUGGCCGAAACUCAUCCAAGCCCUCAUCGUUUCACAUACUGGCUACUGCAGCCUUCCCUUCCCUGGCUUUGACUGUAGUAGCCUUCUUCAUCUCAAGUCUAUUCAGAAGGCUGUUACUAUGAUGAUCAUUGUUCAUUGCUUUGACCACAACAGUCCCUGCUGAGUUUCUACACUGGGUUCUUCUUUACCUCAUCAGCAAACAGAAGUGUAGGCAAUAAACCUUGGUGCUAUUCAUAAUAAUUUAUUUUAAUGUAAUAUUAAGCUAGUCCCUUUAUUUCAAAUUUGAGGAAAAGUAUUGUUAAAUACAUAGCACUUUGGAGAACAGCUUUUAUUUAUUUAUAUAUAU